AUGACAUUCAUUUACCCAAUAGUCCAUUCCCCUCGCGGAAUCCGCUUGUUAAAAUAUAAGAAGAUCUCUGAAGACCGAAAAACGUUGGAGUUUUCACUGGAGACAAAACGCUGGGAGGUCCCUGAAAUCAAGUUUGAACACAACCGUCCCGUACUAUCCAAGAACAGCAAUCGAUUGGCAUUCUACGCUUUGUCGUAUGUAUGGGGCACCUCGCCAGAUAAGGAGGUCAUCAUAUGCAACGGUGCGCCUGUAGAGAUCACAAGAAACCUCUACGAUGCUCUCUUCCAGCUCAUUGUACACAUGCCAGGUAUUGAGUUGUGGACCGAUAGCCUGUGCAUCAAUCAAAAUGAUGCCGUGGAGAAGCCAGCUCAGGUGGCCAUGAUGGGAGACCUGUACGCGUGUGCAACAGAGGUGGUCUGUUGGUUAGGCACAGCUACACUUUCAGAUCCCCUCUGUGACUACCAAGCUGCCAUUGAUACCUUUCAAAAGAUAAGGGCCAGGCAUCCACCCGACGAGGAAUAUCCCAGCUGUGCUAGUUGCGCAGGGUCGGUAUUUAGACUAGGACUCUGCAAGGAUCGCACUCACCAAGAGAUUGCAGAUCAAUGCGAUGGGCUUCAGGAACUUAUCUCAGCAAUGGAGUCUAGUCGGUGGUUUGAAAGAGUAUGGACUUUUCAAGAGUUCAUCUUGGCUUCAAAAGUCACAGUUCAUCUCGGCCCUUACGCCAUGCCUUGGCGGUAUUUUGCCCUGGCAUCUUAUGAAAUGAAUCGGAGUCACUACAAAUUCAGUUCUUCUUUCGGCAUGAGCAUAGGGGUUUCCGAGAUUCGUAAACUAAACGAGUUCCACAAUAGGUUCUGGAACGGGAGGGGAAUCUCACUGGCAGAGGCCAUUGAACAGGUGCGAAUCCGCAACACGACAGUACAUCAUGACAAGUUAUAUGCCGUCAUGGGGUUAUCUUCGAGAACUAGGUCAUCUAGCAUCAAAGUGGACUACUCCAUUUCCCUCUCGCAGCUCUAUGCCAUGUUCACCCGUUUCUCAGUCCUGGAGGACGCCAAUCCAGGUGUCCUGCUAAGCAUCACGCCCGGCCGUGCAGGACAGCCACAGGAUCCUGCAUAUCCAAAACUACCUAGGUGUCCUGACUUGCCUACUUGGGCUAUCGAUUGGUCAAGAGACCGGCUAGCGACGUCAAGCUACCAUAUCAACGUGGGAACUCUGCCUGACCUCGCGUCUAUUGGGGGCUCUCUCGGUCUGUACUCUGUCGUCAUCGGAUAUCUUCCUACAGAUGAUUACGAUUUCCUCAAGAGAACAAACUGCAUCGACUCGCCAAGCUUUAGACGACUUCCGGAUUGUAUCGAUGGCCACAAUGGACUUAAGGACAGCCUGACCGGACCCCAAUUCAGGGUGAGCCAAUGUCAGUGGGCGCCUCCGGGCUACUUAGUUGCUGAUAUCGAGCAGCCCGAAAAGUUACCACAAACGUAUAUGGAGCCCGCCAGUCUAUUGGGACGAUUUGAUUCCCACCAGCUAGGAUGGAUGGCUGCCUCUGUCUUUGUGGUAGAGUUGCAUUGCAGGAAGUCGAGUCUCCUCGGAGAGUACAAAUGGAAUGUGUCUUGGAGAGACGGUUAUCGGCCUACGGGGGAAGAUGUCGAGGGUUAUGUUUUGUAUGAAUACCCGUGCAUCCUCUCACCCAUAGCCUUCUGA